UACACAUCGCGGUUACCGAAGUAACGCAAAAUACAAAACAGUUCCAGUCCGUUCGUCCGCUUGUUCGCAAGGAUCUCGCUGCUGCGCGUCUCGUGUGUUUGCCGUGCAGAUACCGCUGCUAAGCAUAUCAAGUGUUUCAAGAGACCUCCUUCCAACGAUUCCUGUCGGUCGGGCGAUCGGUCGGCCGGUUGCUGGUAGCCUAAUCCGAAAGAGGGUGGCAGAGUAGCACCCUUCGCGCCAUAGUCCAAGUGCCGCGCAUCCGUUCAAACUAGUGAGCGUGUGAGCGAGUGAGUGAGCAGGCAGACUUUAAACCGAGCUAAUGGCCAAUAAUCAUUUGAUUUGGUGAAUUACCAAGAUUUGGUUCGGAAUCUAGCUUUAAAGGAUAACGAGCGCUCAGCGGAGCCACACACGCCAGGACAAGCCAGGAUUGCUGCUGGCACGUCAGGAAGUCCUUUAGCUGUUUCAGUCUUGCUUCUGAUAUGGUGGACACAAGUGUUCUGUACAAUUCUUCAGUUUUAUGAUCGGUUACAGUGUAUUGCCAUCGGUGUGCUGUUAAAUUUUUGGUUUUUACCACAACGUUAGAGAAAGCUCCCAGCGCUAAGAAAAUCAUAAAAGUUAUUAAACCCAACACAGAGUGAAGUGUAGUGCAACAAGUUAAGUCAAAAAUUAGAUUCAGCUUUAUUCAGUUCAACCCAGUGCUGGUUCGGUAGAUCGUGAGGGUUCUUCGAAGUAGAACAAUUCCCGCAAGACAUAAAUUCUUCCGUCACGGUGCUAUGAUUUUGUCCACCACAAAAUGGCGCCACAAAACUCUACACUAAUUCACGGAAACGCCGCGGCAACCUCAGCCGUCUCCGCCGACGAGGAACUGAGCAGCUACAGCCCGAUUCUUCCUGCCAGGGCAAGCCACCGACGACAUGCCACGGCAAUAUCAGCGCCACCACCGCCGCCGCCACCCAAGGGGAGCAAAUCGAUUGGCACCGGCAAACCGGAAGCGAAAACCUCUGCCGCCUCCCGAGGGAAAAGUGGAAUCCGCGAAGGCAUCGAAAAGGGUGCGGUGAAACGUGAAACGAAUAAUCCCAUCACCUACUAUCGAGAUUUUGCCAACAAUACGGACGAGGAAGAGGACGCAGCCACAACGGACCGUGGAAGCGCAAACUUUGAUGACGAUGAAAUCGAAAUACCCAUUUGGAUCAGAGGAGAACCGCGGUUUGUGGCGGGAAUCAACGAUUUAACGACGUGCAGUAACAUUAUUCAGGCCCUGAUCGAAGAUGAGCUACAAAAUGGAAGCUAUAGAAAUGCUAAUGAUGUCGCAGUGUCGCGUGAUGUCAACGAUUACGUGAUAACGGAACGAUGGCGUGAGGUAGAGCAAGUGCUGAGCGGCGACACACGGAUACUUUCCAUCUGGAAUGCAUGGGGCGACGCCAAGAACGAGGUACAAUUUCGCCUCAAAAUCAAUAAAGCUAACCUGGAAAACGCCAAAUCAAGCAAGGAGCAUAAAUCUAAAAAGCAGAAGGAAAAAAUUGGACUCAUAAAUCGCAUGAUGAGAAAAGUGCUCAAACAGGGUGAGGCCAUCCAGAACCACCUUUCGAUGAUAAGCCAGAAAUCCGCCGAAAAGCGCAACCAGGAUAAAUUCCGCAAGUACGUCAAAAAGAACUAUGGCAAAUCGGUUAUAAUGGAAAACUUUCUCGAAGACGCAACCACGCUGUACGAUAUUUCCGUCCCAAAUGAAGAGCCCGACGAAAAUUGCAAGUGCCGAGACAAUAUUCGACGAGGAACAUUCCCUAGCAAUCUUUUCUCCACGAAAAAAGGCAAAGAAAACAAGCCACAGAAAACAAAACUGUACGAAUCUAGCGAUCAGCUAGAAGCUCUUAAGAACGAAGACGAACUACUGUUGGUCAUUGAGCAUACCUCCGACAGUGAUAGUGGAAUCUUCACCAAUAAUCAGCUGGGCCGGAAAAACAGCAUGCCAAAGAAACCCAGUUUUGGAUCAAUGGUUGAAAUUGACAAGCUAGCAAAGGAACCGACGGAGGAACUCUUGUUGGACAGUACGCCGAAACGAAAGUAUCGGUCCAAGCGACGUUCCGAUUCAUGGAAAAAUCGCAACGCUAACCGCCGUAAGCUAGAAUACGACAGUGACGACGUCACGCCACCGAUCGAUGACUUCGAAAACGUUAAUCUCGAGUUGCGCAAAGGCACUUUCAAUCGAACCUCGUUCCGAUUCGAUUUAAUACGCCAGGAAAUAUCUACCAAAAUGCAUGAAAUGCAGCUACUGUUGGAGCAGGAGGACGAUCUGCUUCGUCGUUUGAAGUUAAAAAGUGCCAAAUUUCAAGCAGAAAAUCAAAUUUACCGUUCACACAUAGGUCUCGACUUUCACGUAGAGCGCUUGCAAGAAUCCAUCGACAAUUGCGCCAAAGAGAUUAUUGAAAUCGAACAAGAACUGUUGCGAACGAAGGCCGAAAUUGAAGAAAAAUCGCCUCUAAUCGACAACCUAAAAUCGAUGUUAGAGGUACAGGAAGCCGAACAAUUCCGUGGAUACUAUUCUUCGUACUCACCAUCUGGCUCUACUGCCGACAGUUUGGAUUCAUCGGCCGGUAUGGGAGCGAUGGCCCUACCGGAUUGUGGCAGCACCGAAACGUCAUCGAAAACUAGCCUGUCCUCCACACGAAACCACAGAGAAACUGAGUUCGUUGACAAUAUCUAUGAAUUUUGUGAUAAUAAUCAGAGUUUUGUGGUAUAACCGAACAUUGCUUUGAAACCGAGUAUAUGGCUCUACUCUUGCCCAAAAAAAGAAAACCGUUACUACGCGUAAAUAGUGCUCAAAAUUGUUUAUGUAUAUUUAAAAAUAUAUAUAUUUUAACUGUUAUUCUACACAUUUAUAUUACGCAUAUUAAA